ACCCAAAAUAUCCAGUCUGAUUCUCUUUAAAGACUGCAGCGAUGGGCAGAAUUCGAAAAUGUCUGUCAGUCUUUGUGCAAGUAUGGAUACUUGGGAGCAGUUUUGUGUGUUUAGCUUCCACCAAUCCAAGCCUCUGGGGGCAGAAGGCGGCCUUUUUGGGUCAUUCCUGUUACUGGCAGCUCAGCCAAACCUGCAAUGUCCCGUCAUUACAGGAACUGAGUGUGUGUGUUGACCUCUGGAGACAGAUCGUUACCUCCUGGACUGCUUUUGUAUAUAAGAAGCCUGGAGAGCUGGACAUUGAGCUGGGCUUGGCUGGGAAGGGGGGUAACCUGAAGGCCUGGCUGUUUGGAACUGAGUGGACCGUGGCGUAUGACCUGCCCCUGCAGCAGUGGCACACUGUGUGUCUGACCUGGUCAAACCGCAGCAGAGAGCUGCAGCUGAUUGUGAAUGGGACAGUGGGUCUAAGAGCUCAUGUACAUGACUCAGCACCCAGCAACCUGGCACCAAACGGCACGCUCACUUUGGGGGUGUCCCAUAGUGUGAUUGGAGGAAUUAUGGACAUCGAAACAGGGACGAAUUUCAUUGGAGAGAUGACCAUGUUCCGCAUGUGGCGACAGGAACUGAGCCCCCAGCAGCUGGUAGAUUUAAAGUGCGUGAGUGGAAACGUCGUGACCUGGAGCAGGAAUGACUGGGAGUAUCCAGGCUGCCCGCCUGUUACUGACAACAAGCUCAAGUGUGAAUGGUCAAAAUAUCAAAUAAAUAUGAAGUUGUCUAUCACACAAAAGGUCAGCGGUGAGCAGAAUGGGAAUGAGUCCAAGGCGAUUGUGCAAAAAUGGCUGGAGAGCAUUUUACCUCCGAGCGUGCUGGUGAAUUCAGUGUUCCUGUCAAGUAUAAGCCAGACGUACCACUCAGAUUGUAUCCUGUGUGAGACUAACAAUAUCGAAGCUAAGGAGACCAGCAAUAUAUCAUAUAAAGAAGAAAGGUUCAGAUGCUGGGUGUACGUGACGGUCAGUCCUCAGGCGGCUGUAGACGAGACUCAGCAGAGGCUUUGGACGCUCUUAAGUCUCACCUACAAGCACAGUGACCUCACCGUCCUGCAGACAGACCCAGCUUCCCUCGACAUCCUCCCAGUGGCAAUCAUUCCUGAAAUCGAACAGAACUCUACAGGGUCAGAUUUUGAAGACACUUUUUUUAGAGUUUAUAUGAACGUCACAAUCAACGGCUCUGUGGAGAACCCAGCUCAGACGCUGCAGCACUGGCUUCAGCAGACAUUAGGUGGAAAUCACAGAAUGACUGUUCUGAACUUUGAGCUUACAACACUUCCAAAGUAUGGCUGCACCUUCCACGUCCAGGCCCAAGCUCCAGUGAACGUCUCUGAAACAGAAUGGCUCAUUUCUGAGCUUCUAAGCCAAGGAUUUUUCAACGGUUCCAUUGCGAUUAUCGUCUCAAAGGAUCAAAUCAACAUCCUUCACAUAGAGCCUGGGCACUGUCCGGAGGAUACCACUCAGAGCGUUUACGGCCUGUACAAAUGGCCCUCCGUACCUGCCCAAGAAACAUACGUCAUGAGGUGUCAGAAAGGCCAAGAGACUGGUACAAGACUCUGUAAACUGGACGCUAGCACUGAUGGAGUGAUUUGGGACACCCCCGAUAUGUCCAGGUGUGAGAAGGUCAUGACUGAUGUUGAUGAUUUGGAGGGGAUCACAGUUACUCCAAACAACUCAGCUGAGGUUGUAGACAUGAUUGAGGACCUGCUGCGUAACGAGACCGACCUGAGCUCGUCUCAGCUCAACACCGUGCUGCAGAAACUGUCUGAGGUCACCAACGUCGGCAUCAUGACCACUCAGCUGGCUGACAGCAUCAUUAGUGUGGUUUCCAAUGUCUUCAAUUCCACAUCCUCUCUCUCCCAGGCCACCAACCAAAUUCUCUCCAUCACAGAGCAGGUGGGGAACAGGAUGGACUUCUCAGGAUUUUGCCACAGCACCACAGUGCCCGAACUGGCACUUCAGAUUAUCAAUCUGGAGCCUGAGAAGUUCCAGGGGCUCACGUUUGGAGUAUCCUCCUUCCAGACGGGCCUGGCUCCUGAGAUAUUUCUCAACCAGACCUUUGAGGAGUCUUCUGCCAUCGGCUCUGUGGCGUCUGUUUCAUUACCCACCAUACUGGAGAGCUUCUUCCCACCAAACACUGUAAACAUGAGUCGUGUUCAGUUUCAUUUCUAUGGAACAGAAAGUCUGUUUGAGGACCCUAACAGCAGCCUGACCCUGAAUUCCUACGUGGUGUCUGCCAGUGUGACCAACGCUACUGUGAACGACCUGAAAGAUCCAGUGGUUCUCACGCUUCGCCAUCUUCAGCCUAAAGAGGACCACAGCGAGGUCCAGUGUGUGUACUGGGACUUCCAGAAGAACAGUGGAUUAGGAGGAUGGGAUAGUAACGGAUGCCAUCUUAAACACACUAAUGCCACUCAUACCACCUGCCAUUGCUUUCACCUCACACAUUUUGGAGUGCUUCUGGACAUCUCCAAAACUCCAAUAAACCCUAAAGAUGACAUGAUCCUGACAGUCAUCACAUACGUGGGAUGUGGAGUGUCUUCUGUCUUUUUAGGCAUCACCUUGCUAACAUACCUGGCUUUUGGAAAGCUGCGUCGUGACUACCCCUCUAAAAUCCUGCUUAACCUAUCGGGGGCUCUGCUGGGUUUAAAUAUGUGUUUUCUGGCAAACUCAUGGCUCGCUGGAUUUAACAGUUACGGCCUCUGCAUUACUGUGGCAGCCGUUCUCCACUACUUCUUAUUGGCCACGUUCUGCUGGAUGGGAUUGGAGGCAGUAAACAUGUACCUGGCCUUCAUCAAAGUCUUUAAUGUCUAUGUGCCCUCCUACAUCCUCAAAUUCUGCAUACUUGGAUGGGGUUUACCUCUGUUGAUCGUUAGCAUAGUGCUAGCUGCAGAUAAAGACUGCUAUGGUGGUUCUCCAUCAGUUACACCAAUGGAUGAAUCUGCCUCUUUCUGCUGGGUGCAGAACGACACAGCGUUCUUCGUGACCGUGGUGGGGUUUGUGGUGCUGAUUCUGGUCUGCAACAUCUGCGUGUUCAUCAUGGUUCUGGUUCAGAUCCGUGGGCUGCAGCUCAGUAAAGCGGUGGGCAGGAGCGGCGGGGCGCUGCAUGACCUGCGCGUGGUGGCCAGCCUCACCUUCCUGCUGGGCCUCACCUGGAUUCUGGCCUUCUUUGCGUGGGGUCCGGUCCGAGUACCCCUCCUCUACAUAUUCUCUGCCCUCAACAGUCUGCAGGGAUUCUUUAUCUUUGUGUUUCACUGCCUCAUGAAGGAGAAUGUGCGCAAGCAGUGGAGAAUUCACCUCUGCUGUGGAAAAUUCAAACUUGCUGGAUAUUCAGGCUGGAGCAGAUCAGCGACGGCAGGGGGCAGAGAUAUGAGUGGAAAACUUGUGCUCACACCGUCAGAAUCUACGAGUGAGCGGAAGAUCUCAGAUUCCUCUGAGACUGCAGAAGACAAAACGAUGGACAAAGGACAGAGAGACAGUGACGGAGGACGCCUGGACGUCUUCUAAACCUUGGGACACUCUAAAAAAGAACUUUUCCUUGAAGAGAUAUUUCAAUGAAAAAUCUAAUUUAACAAAAUACUUCUGAACAAAAAGCAGGUAAUAUGGACUUGGUAGUGUUUUUAGCUGUGUGACAGUUACGCAGUUUUUGCUCAGUGCUAAUUGAGUUAAUUUUAUAUUGCUGCUUUUCCUAAUUGUGUAAAUUAGCUCGGCAAAAACUGAAAGCGGUCCCAAGCUAUGGAGCAAGUCGCUUGUCUGUUUACACCGUCAUUCUAGCUGGACGAAUACCACCCACUGCAGAAAUGAAAUGUCCCAUCCAUCUGCACCCACUAUCAUGUCUCAUUCCAAGCCAGCUUAUUUUUUGUAGCACUUAAGUUACAUACUGCUAUCCCAUGACUUUUGAUAUGUCUGUGUGUACCGGAUUGUAGGGCACACUAUGAAUAAACAUCUAUUUUUUGGCCCAU